AUGUCAUCGUCAUCAAAUGUUGCGCAACUCCAACAAAUGGGACAAGUUGCUGGAACAGGACCAGAUGAGGUCUUUCAGCAUGGAACUAUUGGGAAAUUCAUUAGAAUGGAGUUGGAAGGCGGCUUCUCAUCAUUCGUCCGAUGCAUUUACGAAGCGAAACGAACCAACAACAAUACAGUAACCCUGGUCUGUGAAAGAGAUCAAGAAUGCUGUGAGCAUGGAUGCUGUCCAAAGGAUCAGCAUUGGAUGGCCGGAGUCUAUGUUCUUCUAGCUUUUGUUCUUUUGGUUUUCGUUGUCGGAACAUGUCUGAUGAUCUGUUGUUAUCAGAGAUCAAAGAAUCGUCAACGAAAAGAAGAAUUGGAAGCUGCCGAGUACAGACAAGCGGGGGGAUAUGCUCCGUCACAGGUCGGAGGAGGAGCCUACUCAUCGUACGGAGGCCCAACUUAUUAG